GUUCUGUUUACAGAAAGAAUGGUGUUGCAGAAGUAGCAAGCUAACUUGUGCAAUGUUAUGUCAACCGUCUUUGGAAUAAAACACAAUUGUGGACACAGGUGAUUUUACUCAUUUCCCCUCCAUUUAUGCGUCUGGCUUGGUUUAGCUGUCAUGGAUGACAAGGCCUCGGUGGGGAAAAUUAGCGUGUCGUCCGACUCAGUGUCCACCCUGAACAGUGAGGACUUUGUGCUGGUGUCGCGGCUGGGGGACGACACCCCAGGCUCCUCCAUUAAUAACGGUAGCGAUGACGAAAAGACAGGACUGAAGGUGAUUUCUGAGGAAGGGGUCAGCUUUAAGAUUGUGGGGAACGGCAGUGAGCAGCAGUUGCAGAAGGAGUUGGAGGAUGUUCUGAUGGACCCCUCUGUAGCUGACCAGAUUCUGAGCGGUGGGGGUGGCGGUGGUGGCUGGGGAGACCAGGUGGGAGGGGGGGACCAUGUGUCCCAGCCCACCACAGCAGUACCACUCCAGUCCGUGCCCCAACCGUGCCCUGACCCCCUCAGCGACCCCCUCAACACCCCGCCAAAAGUUGAGAUGGUUCUGCCCGUCCAAUCCGCACAAGGUGCACAGGAGAGCGAGCUAAAUGAACGAUCGUACCGCGGGGAUGAGUCGUCAUCGGAGUGCAGCCCCAGUACACCCAUCCCAGACGAGGACAGUGUGGUCUUCAAUAAGCUGACCUACCUGGGCUGUGCCUCGGUCAAUGCCCCCCGCAGUGAGGUGGAAGCGCUCUGCAUGAUGACCGUCCUCAGAGGGCAGUGCCAGCUACCCCUGGACGUCACCCUAUCUGUGCCCGGCGUCUCAGAGGGCACCGUCAGGUUGCUGGACCCCCAGACAAGCACAGAGAUAGCCAGUUACCCCAUCUACAAGAUCAUGUUCUGUGUGCGUGGUCAUGACGGCACACCUGAGACUGACUGCUUUGCCUUCACAGAGAGCCACUACAACGCAGAGAUCUUCCAUAUACAUGUCUUCCGCUGUGAGAUCCAAGAGGCGGUCAGCAGGAUACUGUACAGCUUCGCCACGGCCUUUAGGCGGUCCGCCAAGAAGACGCUCCUCUCGGGCUUGGCUCCGCCCCUGACGCCAGACAGCGACGUCUUCACCUUCACCGUCAGUCUAGAGAUCAAGGAGGAUGAUGGGAAAGGGACCUUUAGCGCUGUGGCGAAAGACAAAGACAAGAACAGCUUCAAGCUGCGUCCGGGAAUGGACAAGAAGCUCUUCAUCUACGUACAGCAGACGUCCAAUAAGGAGCUGUCUAUAGAGAGGUGCUUCGGCCUACUGCUGAGCCCAGGGAAGAACGUGAAGAACAGUGACAUGCACCUGCUAGACCUGGAGUCAAUGGGGAAGUCCUCCGAUGGAAAGUCCUACAUCAUCACAGGGAGCUGGAAUCCCAACACACCCCAGUUCCAGGCUGUCAACGAGGAGACACCCAAAGAUACGUUUAUCUACAUGACGACGGCGGUGGACCUGGUGAUCACUGAGGUGGAGGAGCCGGUUCGUUUCCUGCUGGAGACCAGGGUCAGAGUCUGCUCCCCCAACGAGAGGCUCUUCUGGCCAUUCAGCAAACGCAGCUACACAGAGACUUUCUACCUGAAACUCAGACAGAUGGAGCGUAAGAGGAACAAGGACACCCUGUACGAGGUGCUGAGCCUGGAGAGUGAGUUAGAGAGGGAGAGGAAGAAGACGACAGCCAGCCCCAACAUCCUGCAGUCUGCCUCCCAAGGAUCCAUGGUGCUAUCGCCCCCCGAGGAUGAUGAGGAGGAAGAGAAUGACGAGCCGUUGCUGAGUGGCUCAGGAGACGUGUCAAAAGAGUGUGCUGAGAAGAUCCUGGAGACCUGGGGAGACCUGCUGUCCAAAUGGCAUCUGAACCUGUCUGUGCGUCCCAAGCAGCUCCCGGCUUUGGUGCGUAGCGGGGUCCCAGAGGCCCUCAGGGGAGAGGUGUGGCAGCUCCUGGCCGGUUGCCAUAACAACGACCACCAAGUGGAGGAGUACCGCACCCUCAUCACUAAGGAGUCUCCCCAGGACAGUGCCAUCACCAGAGACAUUAACAGGACUUUCCCAGCUCACGACUACUUCAAGGACACUGGAGGAGACGGGCAAGACUCACUCUACAAGAUCUGCAAGGCCUACUCAGUGUAUGAUGAGGAGAUUGGUUACUGCCAGGGACAGUCUUUCCUGGCUGCUGUGCUGCUGCUGCACAUGCCUGAGGAACAGGCCUUCAGUGUUCUGGUCAAGAUCAUGUUUGACUACGGACUCAGGGACCUCUUCAAGCAGAACUUUGAGGAUCUACACUGCAAGUUCUUCCAGCUGGAGAGACUCAUGCAGGAGUACAUCCCAGACCUGUAUAACCACUUCCUGAAUGUGGGUCUUGAGGCUCAUAUGUACGCCUCUCAGUGGUUCCUUACACUCUUCACAGCCAAGUUCCCCCUCUACAUGGUGUUCCACAUCAUAGACCUGCUACUCUGUGAGGGCAUCAGUGUGAUCUUCAACGUGGCUCUGGCUCUCCUGAAGACCUCAAGGGAAGACCUGCUGGCAACAGACUUUGAGGGGGCGCUCAAGUUCUUCCGGGUCCCGGUUCCCAAACGCUACCGCUCAGAGGAGAACGCUAAGAAACUGAUGGAGCUGGCCUGCAGCAUGAAGAUCAGCCAGAAGAAGCUGAAGAAGUAUGAGAAGGAAUAUCACAGCAUGAGAGAGCAGCAGGAGCAGCAGGAGGCUCCCAUUGAGAGAUAUGAGAGGGAGAACCGUCGUCUCCAGGAGGCUAACAUGCGUCUGGAGCAGGAGAAUGAUGACCUGGCCCAUGAACUGGUCAGCAGCAAGAUCGCUCUGCGCAAAGACCUGGACAACGCUGAGGAGAAAGUAGACGCUCUGAACAAGGAGCUGUUGAUGACCAAACAGAAGCUGGUGGAUUCAGAGGACGAGAAGAGACGACUAGAGGAGGAGUCUGCACAGCUGAAAGAGAUGUGCAGGCGGGAGCUGGGUAAAUCAGAGUCUGAGAUAAAGAAGAAUGGUUCCAUCAUAGGAGAGUACAAACAGAUCUGCUCUCAGCUCAGUGAGCGUCUGGAGAAACAGCAGAUCGCCAACAAGGGAGAGGUGGAGAAAAUCCGGCUGAAGGUGGAGGGCUGUGAGAAGUGCUCUAUCCUCUUCAACAAGGAGGGUCGUCUAAAGGCAGUGAAGAAGAUGGAGGGCAGCGAGGAAGAGACGGAUGAGGAGAAGGAGGGUCUGAAGAACCAGCUCAGAGAGAUGGAGCUGGAACUGGCCCAGACCAAACUACAACUGGUGGAGGCAGAGUGCAAGAUACAGGACUUGGAGCACACCCUGGGUCUGGCCCUGAACGAGGUCCAGGCAGCCAAGAAGACCUGGUUCAACAGAACCUUAACCUCCAUCAAGACCGUGACGGGAGCACAGGGGAAGGAGACUACCUAACCUGAGACCCCCCUCCUCUCCUCCUCGACCACAGACCGUUCCCUGCUGCUCCCAAACCUCGACCCGUUCCUCUCCCAGCCUCCCCCCUCCUCCCCCUGGUCAGGGGUACCAGCCACUAACUUGACCGGAGCGAACCAAACCACAACAGGAGUUUUAAAUAAGGACUGAGCUCACUGCCCCAAACUAAAUUAUAUACUUAAUUAAAAAAGAAACAGAAAAGAAAAGAGUCUUCAACAUUAGUCUUUAUACUACUGAUAUUUAACAGGUCAGGAAGGAGUUGUAGAGAGUUACCUGAACUGUCCUCUUUCCAGACAUGGGAAAUCCAGCACUCCAUUUUACUGUCCUCUCUCCAGACAUGGGAAAUCCAGCGCUCAAUUUUACUGUCCUCUCUCCAGACAUGGGAAAUACAACACUCCAUUUUACUGUCCUCUCCAGACAUGGGAAAUACAACACUCCAUUUUACUGUCCUCUCUCCAGACAUGGGAAAUACAACACUCCAUUUUACUGUCCUCUCUCCAGACAUGGGAAAUCUAGCGCUCCAUUUUACUGUCCUCUCCAGACAUGGGAAAUCCAGCACUCCAUUUUACUGUCCUCUCUCCAGACAUGGGAAAUCCAGCACUCCAUUUUACUGUCCUCUCUCCGGACAUGGGAAAUACAACGCUCCAUUUUACUGUCCUCUCUCCAGACAUGGGAAAUCCAGCACUCCAUUUUACUGUCCUCUCUCCGGACAAGGGAAAUACAACACUCCAUUUUACUGUCCUCUCUCCAGACAUGGGAAAUCCAGCGCUCCAUGUUACUGUCCUCUCUCCAGACAUGGGAAAUACAACACUCCAUUUUACUGUCCUCUCUCCAGACAUGGGAAAUCCAACACUCCAUUUUACUGUCCUCUCUCUAGACAUGGGAAAUACAACACUCCAUUUUACUGUCCUCUCUCCAGACAUGGGAAAUACAACACUCCAUUUUACUGUCCUCUCUCCAGACAUGGGAAAUACAACACUCCAUUUUACUGUCCUCUCUCCAGACAUGGGAAAUCCAGCACUCCAUUUUACUGUCCUCUCUCCGGACAUGGGAAAUACAACACUCCAUUUUACUGUCCUCUCUCCAGACAUGGGAAAUACAACACUCCAUUUUACUGUCCUCUCUCCAGACAUGGGAAAUACAACACUCCAUUUUACUGUCCUCUCUCCGGACAUGGGAAAUACAACACUCCAUUUUACUGUCCUCUCCAGACAUGGGAAAUACAGCUCUCCAUUUUACUGUCCUCUCUCCAGACUACUUGCACCAACAACAACUCCAACUGUAAUCUAGGUACUACCAGAGCUAACUAACAGCCUCCUUUUCAAACUGAGCUUUUCUCAUUUCUGUUCUAUGAUACCUUUCUUUUUCUAUAUAUGUGUGAUUCUGAACAUGCUUAUGAAUAAACAUGAUGAGUGAAAACUGAGCACA